CGCUCUCCUGCUAGGCCUCGCCGCGUUGACGAUAGCGAGGAGGCGUCCCACAGCGGCCGCUGAAAGGAGGAGGCGUGUGACGGGGAGGAGGCAGCAGCAGCAGCAGCGGCGGCGGAGGGAGGAGGAGAAGCGGAGCGGCCGGAGCUUGAGGCGGCAUCGGUGGAAGCAGCCAGUGGCCCGUCCCCUCCGCCCCCAAGUCGAACAUCAGCGGCGCCCAGCGGAGAAGGGGGGAAUCAGCGGGAGCCCUGCCCAGUGGGGCCUUCGCCCGGUCUCCCAGCUUCCUGAGCCCGGCACUACCCUACUCCCUCCACAGCUCGUUCGCUCCCUUCCUGCCCAACGCCAUGGCGGCGGCGGCGGCGGCGGCGGCAGCUGAUGCCAGCAACAGUAGCGGUGGCGGCGGCGGCCGAUACCAGCAGUUGCAGAAUGAAGAAGAACCUAGUGAUAAUCUGCAAACUGCUAAUGAUUUCCCGCCACCUUACAGCAGCAUUUCUGGAGAAAAUUCAGUGUAUUUUGACUACAAAGAUGAAGCUGGUUUCCCCAAACCUCCUUCUUAUAAUGUAGCCACAACACUGCCUACUUAUGAUGAAGCUGAGCGAACUAAGGCAGAAGCUACCAUUCCUUUAGUUCCAGGAAGGGAGGAGGACUUUGUGGCAAGGGAUGACUUUGAUGAUUCUGACCAGCUGAGAAUAGGAAAUGAUGGCAUUUUCAUGUUGACUUUCUUCAUGGCAUUCCUUUUCAACUGGAUUGGAUUCUUUCUCUCUUUCUGCCUGACUACCUCAGCAGCAGGAAGAUACGGGGCCAUUUCUGGAUUUGGUCUCUCUCUCAUUAAGUGGAUCUUGAUUGUCAGGUUCUCCACCUAUUUUCCUGGUUACUUUGAUGGUCAGUACUGGUUGUGGUGGGUGUUCCUCGUAUUAGGCUUUCUCCUGUUUCUCAGAGGAUUUAUUAAUUAUGCAAAAGUUCGGAAGAUGCCCGAUUCAUUUUCCACUCUUCCCAGGACUAGAGUUCUCUUUAUUUACUAAAGACAGAUGUUUUCUGGCAACAUCUUCCUGUAUUGAAUCCUCCCUCAAAUAGUAAGUGGACAGCUGCAGGAACCGAAUCAAGAUUCUGAACACAGAAGAAGAAAAAUAAUCACCUGCUUUAAAAGAAAUAAAGUACUGUUGAAAAAAGAGAAACAUUUCUUUCUAUUUGUUUCUAGAUGUAAAAUUUUAAUAGUUUAACGCAGAACUCCUGUAAUCAUUGAUUGAAUCAUUAGUGGCUAAUGUUUGAAAUGGCUCUUGCAAUCAAGUCUGUGAUGUUACUAAUAAAGCCUUAUAUAGUAUUUGUAGUCAUUUAAAUAGCAUGAGCUAUUGCCCUGUAGCCCAGAAGGGGUCAGUCUUGCUUUUUGUUUUCCUUAAAAAAUGAACUUUCAAUAUGUUCUGGUAAGAUAUGUAAUAAUGCUGGCCAUUGUGAAGGGAUGUUUUCAGAACUUUAGAAAAUUGUUUUGACUGUAUUUCUGCACAUAGUGUGUAUCUGUUGUUAAAAUAAAUUGAAAACAACCUGGAAGUAAAACUUA